UCAACGAUAGCCAAAUUGUUUGACCCAUGUGGAUGGCUGGCACCGGUGGUUGUUGUAGCCAAGCUAAUAAUGCAACAAAUCUGGCUAGACAAAAUUGACUGGGAUGAUCAAUUGAAGCCAAUAACUCAGAUGAACUGGAACAAUUUCGUCCAAAAUAGCAAAGAUAUUGAAUAUCUGAGAGUUCCUCGAUGGAUUCAAUACACGCUAGAUGGUUCUGUAGAGAUUCAUGGAUUUUGUGACGCGUCAGAAAGCGCAUAUGGAGCCACUCUUUAUAUUCGGGUGGAAAAUACUGACCAUAAGGCGCAUACAUUCUUAUUAGCAGCAAAAACUCGUGUCGCUCCUAUUAAAAAAUUAUCAAUACCCAGACUCGAGUUAUGCGGGGCAGUAUUACUAUCAAAAUUAGCUAAAUCCAUUGUAAAUAGCCUACAGAUAUCAAAAUAUUCGACACAAUUUUGGACCGACUCUACCAUCGUAUUAGCAUGGUUAAAAAAGCCUCCUUGUCAUUGGAGCACAUUUGUUGGAAAUAGAGUCUCGGAAAUUGCUGAUAAUGUUGGACAAGAAAAUUGGAGACAUGUUGAUUCGGAAAAGAAUCCAGCUGAUAUUGCGAGCCGUGGAUGUUCACCCGCAGAGCUAAAGACUAGUGAUCUCUGGUGGCAGGGACCUCAAUGGCUCAGAAUGCCAAAAGACCGUUGGCCAUCGUAUGAAAUCCCAAAUGACACAAAUUUGGAAGCCAAAACGGCAAAAGUCAUGACCCUUUUCGCAGAAAAGGAAGACCCUUUAAAACAUUUCUCCUCUUUAUCUAAGGUUUAUCGAUCAUACGCAUAUGCUCUAAGACUCUGGAAAAAUUCUGGGGUAAAUAGACAACACCUUCGCACUUCAGCAAACGACCUUACAUCAGAUGAAAUCCAAGAUGGAAAACGAUCUUGUAUAAUUCGUACCCAAAAAUUCGUAUAUGCAGACGAAUACAACGCACUUAUGAAAAAGACUCAAAUUUCUCCUUCAAGUCCUCUGUUGACCCUCAACCCAUUUCUAGACUCAAAGGGUAUUAUUAGAGCAAAUGGCCGAUUGGUACAAUCGCCAGCCCUUACAUAUAGCGAACGUCACCCAAUAAUAUUACCACAUGGCGCAAAACUUAGCAAAUUGUUAGUCGAAUUCACUCAUAAGGUUACCUUACACGGGGGUAAUCAAUUAAUGACCCGAGUAUUAAGGUCCGAAUUCUGGAUAUUCGGACUCAAGUCGCUAAUCAAACAAACCAUACGAAAUUGUCGAAUUUGCUUAAUUCACAAAAAACAAACCCAAACUCAAAUCAUGGCGUCGCUACCACCCGAACGAACUUUUCUUUCUCGACCCUUUACAAACACAGGGGUAGAUUUUGCAGGACCCUUUAACAUUAAAAGUUACUCAGGAAGAGCCUGCUUUAUUACAAAAGGCUACGUUUGCAUUUUUGUCUGUUUCGCCACUAAGGCUAUACAUUUAGAACCAACAAGCGAUUUGUCGACAUAUGCCUUUCUUGCCGCUUUUUCUAGGUUUAUUAGCCGGCGAGGUUGUCCGUCUUGUAUAUUUUCGGACAACGGAACAAACUUUGUGGGAGCGGUUGAUCUAUUAAAGCGAGAUAGACUAGCUUUCAUGAAGAAUAUUCAAAAUAGCACAAUUCAAAAUAAUUUCACUCAAAAUCUUACUUGGAAAUUUAUUCCUCCUGGUGCUCCGCACAUGGGCGGCUUGUGGGAAGCUGGCGUCAAAUCAUUUAAAACUCAUUUACGAAAAAGUAUCCCAAAAAUGAAUUUCACUUUUGAAGAAUUUACAACUAUUUUAUCAAGAAUUGAAGGCUGCCUUAACUCACGACCCUUAAGUCCUGCUAGCGACGACCCAAACGACCUUUCCCCUUUGACACCUGGUCAUUUCUUAAUAGGAACACCUAUUCUUACCCCAGCUGAACCAGACAUUUCAGAUACAGAUUUAAGCUUAGUCAAUCGUUGGAAAAGACUCAAAGUUAUUUCACAAUACUUUUGCAACAGAUGGAAAUUAGAAUAUCUUCACGAACUUCACAGAAGAACUAAGUGGAAAUAUGAAAAGGAGAACAUCAAAGAAGGAGAUUUAGUUGUCGUAAAAGAUGAUAGAUUGGCUCCGCAUGAAUGGAAGUUAGGUCGUAUCGAAAAAACGUAUCCAGGUAGUGACCAAAAUACCAGGGUUGUAGACAUACGGACGGCAAGUGGCAACAUUAGCAGACCCAUUACAAAAAUUGUCAAAUUGUUUUCCGACUGACUAGUCGGAUUCCCACUCAAAAAAGAAUUUAGUACUCGCCUCAAUUUCUUUUCAGAUAUGGCCGCUUACUUGCCCAACCAGGACUGCCGUCUAGACGAUAGCAGCCGUAGCCCGAACUCAAAUGCCCGACCAACAGCAAGAAGCGCCAAUAGACCCAUACGUCCCAGUUCCACAUCCCCUGAAAGACGUCAACGAAGCCGAUCCGACGCAAGACCCCGCCAACGCCAAGAAAGACCAAGCUACUGGCAAUAUUCAUGUGGGCUCUGCCAAGAUGACCAUGCCCUCAGUGCCUGUGAGAGAUUCCGCAGACAGACGCCCUUCCAGCGGUAUGAGACCGUGGAGCGUCGGGGGUAUUGCCGAAAUUGCCUGGCGAGAAGUCAUUUGGCCCCCGACUGCCCGUCUCUAACUGGUUGCCGGAGAUGCAACGACCGGCACCAUACCCUUUUGCACGGGGCGUCUCAAUUGGAUGAGGUAUCCCUGAAUAUAGAAGCCGUCACCACCCCAGCCUUCGCAUGGGAUUUGGUUUUUGUACCAACAGCGAUGGUACGCAUAACGGCCGAGGGCAUGGAGGGGUUUAGUAUGCUGCGAGCUAUUAUUAGCCAAUCUGCGACGAUGUCAAAGAUUUCCUAUGCAGCUUUCCGUCGCUUGGGUCUUCAGUCGCGGAACUACAAAGGGGAGCGAUUCACCACUUUCACCGUUUCGCCCCGCCGCACAAACUCUACAUGGCGUCUGAAGGUAAAUGCGCUAAUAAUCGAAGACCUGCCCAGACGCAUUUACUCAGACCCAAUACUAGAAGACCCCACUAGAUGCUUCACGAGCUACGCUUUAGCUGACCCUGAUCCCAGAGGAAAUAGUCCGAUCGAUGUGGAACUGGGAGCGGAUACGUACUCAGCCAUAAGGAAAGAUGGGUGUACAGCAGCUGGAAUUCUCAACUGGGCUACGUGUUUGCUGGGCCAAUCAAGAACAUGCCGAGGAACUAAAGACCGAGGAUCCUUAUGAGACAUAAAACAGUGAAGUUACAACAUAAAGAGCCAAACAACGUACAACAAGAAGGUGAAAUUAUGCAACGAAAGUUUUGAAUUCUAAAACCUACAAACUAAUUAAUUUAAGAAUAUAUUAACUUAAAACUAGUGAAUUGAAACUUAGAAACUAGUGAGUUAAAAUGUACAAAAAUAAAUAAACUAAAUAAAACUUAUGAACUAUUGAAAACAUAAAAUAAAUUGCA